AUGAAUUCUUCGUCCCCAGCAGCAGCAGCUGCAUCUCCUGCAGCAGGAUCUGCUGCUGCUGCUGCAGCUCCUGCUGCUGCAGCUCCUGCUGCUGCUGCUGCUGCUCCUGCUGCAGCAGGAGUAAAGAAGUUUUCUUUUUCCUUAAAGAAGAAUACAGCAGAUGGUGGUGGUCGUGGUGGUAUAAAGAUUCAGUUAGGUUCUUCUUCGGGUGUACGUACACCUCAAGGUAGAGGAGGAGGAUCUACUACUACUACUACUACUGCUGCAGCAGCAGCAGCAGCAGCAGUAUUAGGAUUUGAAUCAGCAGCAGCAGCAAAUAAAGGAGAAGAGAGGAAGGUGCAGCAAUUAAUAAGUAUAACAGCAGGAGGGGAACUAGAGGUAAUAGGGGGAGGAGACAAGGAGGAGUCUCCUCCUGUUAUACCAUGUAAGCAUCCCUUACCUUUAUCUGCAUAUAGGAAACGUAUAGAGGAGCAGCAGCAGCAGAAGCAGCAGCAGCAGCAACAGCAGCAGCAGCAGCAGCAGCAGCAGGAAGAGGAACCUCCGCCUAAAUGGGGCUUAAUAGAAGUUAAACGGUCAAGACCUGCAGCACCGAAGGCAGCAGCAACUGCAGCAGGAGCAGCAGCAGCUGCAGCAGCAGCAGCAACAACUGCAGCAACUGCAGCAACAGCAGCAGCAGCAGGUGCGAAGUCGGAGACAUCACCAGUAGCAGCAGUAGCUGUAAAGACAGAGCCGGGUACAGAACCACCAGCAGCAGCAGCAGCAGCAGCAGCACCAGCAGCAGCAGCAGCAGCAGCAGAUGGUGCUGCAGCAGGUCAGCUUAAGGGAGUAAAGCAGGAAGUUGGUGCUGCAGGGGAAGGAGACCCAUCAGCAGGAGCAGCAGGAGAAGCAGCAGCAGCAGCAGCAGCAGCAGCAGCAGCACCAAUAGGUCCUUUAUUAAGUAAUAAUUCUUUAUUAGGUACAGUACGUCGUAAAUAUUUACUAGAGAAGCAGCAAAAACGUGUAAAAAAAGACAGCAGCAGCAGCAGCAGCAGCAGCAGCAACAGCAGCAACAGCAGCAGCAGCAGCAGCAGGGGAGAACCAGAGAAGGAGCUGCUGCAGCGCGAACUAUCUGUACUACCUGAUGCUCCUCCCCCUACCUCUGCUGCUUAUGACGCUAUGCCUGUUGAGUCCUUUGGUGCAGCAAUGCUAAGAGGAAUGGGGCUGCAUGCGCUACCUUCUGCUGCUGCUGCUGCUGCUGCUGCUGCUGCACCUAUUAAAAGGCGUAUGUACACCCGAGCAGGACUAGGCAGCGAAGAAAGGAUGGAGAAGCUGCAUAGACACCUCAAGAAACAACAAGAAGAAAAUAAAUUAAUUAAUAAACAUAAACAAAUAUUUAUUCCUCUUAAUAAUAAUAAAUAA